AGGAACGCACGCAAAAAUUGCUGUUACGUGUUGCUAAAGCCGUGGUUGAAUGCGCGCUGUAAACCUCGGCUUUGGUGGAGCCGAUCCGGCAGCAAUUUGAUUCUAGCCCUGAAACGGUGGACGGAAAAGGGACUCCGGCGACUCAGCGGUGGGUGGAAAGGGACUACCGGGACCCAGCGGCAUCAUGUGGCAGUGGAUGAUUUUCUUGACGGUUCCGGUCUUUGCGGCCCUUCCUGAAUAUGAAGACCUGUACCACAGAAUCAGCUCAGAAGAGCUUUAUGAUUCUGCUUUCGCGUACUGGAGCCUGGAUUUCUUGGAGGAGAAUGCGACUGCAGGCAGCAUCUCAGGCGCUGGCUUUUGCAGUAUUACAGGAAUCGAUGUGCUCAACGGAGGUGUGGUCCUGAAGCAACCCGAGAUGGCCAACCGCAAAUCAGCGAAGAUCACGCUGAGUUCUUACCCGAACGAAUGCCCGACCGACCCGCGGGCCUGUGCCGAGGGAUUCACGGUGGCGUUCUGGCUGAGCCUGAAGGAGGCGGAUAACCAGACGCUGACAGACGAGACCUGCAUGUUGCUCAGUCUGAACGACACCUCUAACAUGGGCUUUCAGAUUCAGUUCGGCGGGUCAAGCGGCAUUGUCUCUUUCCGGACACUCGGUAGCACCAUCGAGUCUGAGGAAGUCUACAAUGCCACCAAGCUAUGGAUGUGGAACCAUAUGGGCCUGACAUGGAACAACCGCACUGGAAACCUGACGGUUUUCUCCAACGGACACGAGAGCCAAACGCUGGCGGUGUCCCUGAUGGGCGACGGGAACGAUUUUGACCCCGGUGACGCGGGCUGCCCCUACGUCGCCCUGGACGAAAUCGGAAUCUGGGACCGGCCCCUGAACGAGUCUGAGAUGAAGGCGCUCCGGCUUGACCCGUUCAACUGGACCGAUCCCCAUGCGACAACUCCGGCUGGUUGGACCAGCCCCGUACCAACCACUACGGCGGAUUUGUCUAGCACAAGACCCACCACUUCGGCGGAUUUGUCUAGCACUGGACCCACCACUUCGGCGGAUUUGUCUAGCACUGGACCCACCACUACGGCGGAUUUGUCUAGCACUGGACCCACCACUUCGGCGGAUUUGUCUAGCACUGGACCCACCACUACGGCGGAUUUGUCUAGCACUGGACCCACCACUUCGGCGGAUUUGUCUAGCCCCGGACCCACUACUAGGACUACUGACUAUAGUACUGAGUCGAGUCCAAGGAUUGAGGAGGCAACAGUUGAUGAGAUCACUCCAGAGUCAACCACAACAAAAGUACCCACGGAAGCUGCUGGUUCAGAGACUAUGGUCGGAGAGGACCCUGAAAUUCGGUCCACUCCGCCUGCAACCACUGCAGAAACCGCAUUUACUUCAACUCAGGAAUUGGAUCCUUCGACUGCUGGUUUGGAGGCUACAUCCAAACCAGAAUCCUCCACCGCGACACAUAAAACCACUCAAGAUCCUCCUCCCGGUGAGAUGCGAACUACGGGUAAGUUUGACACCACAGCCGAUGACCUGACGACGGAUGGAGCGGAGAUUACUAAACAACCGUCUGAUACAACUCUUCGCGAUGCCAAACUACAGAUCAGUCAGAGCGACAACAUCGACGAUGUGAUCAGCAAUCUGACCUACGUCACUGAUUACCUGUCGGACCACGAGGACAACCCAGACAAAAUCGACGCCGAGGUGCUACGGGAAAUCCUGAUGGUCCCCGGGGACAAAGUGAGGGAAUUGGUCGAAGGGGCUGAACCUGAGAAGAGGAAGUCCUUGCUUGAGGUUUACAUGGGGAUUGUGAACCAAAUUCUUCAGAUCAACAAGAAAGACACUGAAAAGAGUUUUAUCAGCGGUGUGACCCUCGGCAAGGCGGUUGACCACAUGUUGGCGGCAUACAUCCGCACCGGCGCGGACAGCGAGAUACCGCAGCUUGUCAAUAACACGUUCGUCGAUUCCAAGCUGGCUGUGAUUGAACCUAACCAAGAGACUAUCACCGUGGAGCUGGGGACUAGUGAUGCGGGAACCGACGCUAAACAUGUUGUUGUUAUCAUCCCAAGAAGUAUCUUCAAGAGUGGUCAAACUGGCCGGGUCUCCGUAACUUCGUACUACCAAGGUGUCCAGAAGCAUCUGCCCGACCAGCUUCAGGGAAAGUCGCUGACAUAUACAGUACACAGCUUGCUGGUGGGAAUCAACGUCAACGCAAACUCAACGACCAACUUCAAGGAUGACGUGGCAAUUACCUUCACCCAUUCAGAGGUUGAGAAGGACAAGGAAGCUACUUGUGCAUUCCUCAAAGACACAAGUUGGUCCUCGGAGGGCUGCACUACGACUAGCGCUGGUACAACAAGCACCAAGUGUGAAUGCGAUCACUUGACUAGCUUUGCUGUGCUGGUCUCCCCACGUACGAUUGAGAUAAGCGCAGCAGACAGUAUCGCGCUGGAGAUUCUGACCAAUUUGGGAUUGGCAGUCUCCAUCAUCUGCUUGCUGAUCUCACUGAUUAUUCUCAAUGUUUUGCGGCAAUUGACCAGUACUCGUAUCAGCAUCUUGAAGCACACUGCAGCCGCCCUGCUCGUUGCACAGUCGCUGUUCAUCCUUGGAGGCACAGUGGGCAAAUUGCCGACCUUCUGCAAGGUGGUGGCAGCACUGUCGCACUACUUCUUUCUGGCCGUGUUCUGCUGGGUGCUGAUCCAGGGAGUGCACCUCUACAUGAAGGUCCGUCGCGCCCUCAAGGGUGGCAUUGACAUGAUCUACUUCUACGUGUUUGGCUGGGGUUUUCCACUGAUUGUGGUGGGCAUCAGUUUCGGCAUAGAACACAUGAACUACGGCGUAGACCAGAUCUGUUGGAUUUCUGUCAAGCAAGGAGCUGGUGUGCUCAUUGCAUUCAUUGGACCUGCGUACUUUGUACUAGCUAUCAAUUUAGUGGUGAUAUGCAUGGUGAUGCACGUCUUUAUGACGGUGAAGGUCAACAAGGAUAAGUCAGAAAAGGACAAGAUCAAAUCGGGCCUCAAGGCUGUCAUUGUGAUGGUGCCCAUCCUGGGCCUGAGCUGGCUCUUCGGUGUGCUGAUCAUCACCAGCCCCGAGGUGGUGUUCCACUAUCUCUUCGUCAUCUUCAACUGCUCACAGGGAGUGUUCAUCUUCUUGUUCCACGUGGUGUUCAAUGACGAGGUGAAACAAGCUCUAAACAAGAAACGCAACAAGAUCGCUGCGAGCAAGGAUUCCAACACUCUCUUCUCGAAGGUCUUGAAAACUUCAAAAACUACUGGCGAUCAUUCUACAAGCACUAAUACCACGACUAGCGUUAACUGAGGCCGAGCGAUUUCACCGCGGCGUCUCACGACCGUUCUUACCGGUGCCAAUCCCGGUCCAACCUGGUACAUUGACGUUAUGGUCAACGAUAUGCUGGACAUAUAGGUUAUACACAGCCAACCAAACCCUGGUUCUAUCUACUUAAAUUUGCAUAAGAUUGAUGCAAUUGUACAAAACAAAUUGCUGUAGAUAUUGAAAUGCACAUUAUAUCUAAAGUUAUGGGUGAGAACUAUAUAUUUUAAAUAUAAUAACAUAUAUAAGAGCACUGUAACUGUAUAAAUAGUUUCCUUUAAAGAUUUGUUAGCUGAAAUUGUUGUAUAAACAGUAUUUACAAGUAGAAACUGUUAUAUUAUACAGGGUGUUUCAAUAAAAAGGAAACCCAGCUUUGAAGAACCAGUA